AUGGCUGUAAAACCUUUCAUUAAAGUAUUAAUAUUUGUUUCUUCGGCCCUAUUUGCAGCUUAUUUAUUUCGUGAAUUUGUUAUUAGCAGGGAAUCAGCACAAAUUACACAAAUUUCACGUUUAAUUAAAUGGCAAAUGGAUUCGGUUACGCCUAAAAAAGUUGAAGAUGGGGAUAAAAUUAAUUUGUUAAAUGAUGAAAAAGAUAAUACGGAAGAUAGGAAGGAAGAGGGGAAAGAAGAGAAGAAGGAGGAGAGUAAAGAGGGGAAGAAAGAAGAGAAGAAGGAAGAGAAGAAGGAGGAGAGGAAGGAAGGGAAAAAGGACGAGAAGAAGGAGGAAAAAAAGGAAGAGAGGAAAGAAGAGAAGAAGGUAGAAGGGAAAAAGGACGAGAAGAAGGAGAAAAAGGACGAGAAAAAGGAAGUGAGGAAGGAUGAAAAGAAGGAAGAGAAGAAGAAUGGAAGGAAGGAAGAGAGAAAGGAUGGGAAGAAGGAAGAGAAAAAAGAAGGGAAGAAGCAAGUGAAGGAAAAUUUAGUUAACGAUAAAACAACAACAAUCACUAUUAACACCAAUAAGUUAACUAGUAACUUAAUGAAAGAAAACAAAACUGGACCUCAAUUAAUCGAAAUAUCAAAGAUUUGGAGAGUUCAACAAGACAAUUUAACACUCUGUCCAGAAAUCCCUCCAAAUCUAAAAGGCAAAAUAGAUGUAGAUAUGCGUUCUCUAAAAUUAGAAGAAAUUGAGGAAGAAUAUAAAAAUUUGUGGCCUGGUGGGCAUUGGAGACCUAAAGAAUGUAAAUCCAGGCAGAAAGUUGCUAUUGUUGUGCCUUAUAGAAAUAGAGAACCUCAUUUACGAACAUUUCUUCAUAAUAUUCAUCGGUUUUUACAAAAACAACAAUUAGAUUAUGCAAUAUUUGUUGUUGAACAAAUGGGUAAUUUUGCCUUUAAUAAAGGAAGACUAACAAAUAUUGGUGUUUUGGAAGCAAUAAGAGUUUAUCCAUUUGACUGUAUCAUAUUUCACGAUGUUGAUACGUAUCCAGAGAAUGACAAAAUUUUAUAUAGAUGCUCAACAGAUCCGAAACAUACUAAACAUUUAAGUGUUUAUCUUGAAAGGAUUGGCUAUAAAGAAUACUACCCAGGAUUUAUUGGUGGCGUCCUGGCUCUAACAGUAGAGCAACUCAGAAAAGUUAAUGGAUAUUCAAAUGACUUUUGGGGAUGGGGAGGGGAAGAUGAUGAUUUAAAUACAAGGUAUUCUCCGCUAGAUAGUCUUUAA